UUUUAGGACCCGGAAGCUGUUCCGACGCAUACCGGAAGUUGGCUUCCCUUCACCUCUCUUGUCUCUCUUUCUUUCGCCAUCUUGCGCCCGGAUCGUCUCGUACGAAAUGCCUGGAGAAGCCACAGAAACUGUCCCAGCCACAGAACAGGAGCUGCCCCAGCCUCAGGCUGAGACAGCUCCAGCUCCUGGGGCUCCCAUGGAGACGAUGAACAAACCAGUUGCUGCCAAGAAUCCUGAGGUAGGAGGCAAGGAUUCUCAGGCUGGGACUGCUUUAGAGUGUUCAGCAUCUGCCAUUCCUGCUACUUUUCCUGGUGCUGCUGAAGCACCUCCAGUCUGUUCUCAGCCUCCCAUUCUAGCCUCAGCAGCUGUUUCCACCUCUUCUAUUUAUAGCCCCCUCCACCUUUCCUCUUCCUGCCAUGAUGCUAACUCUCCCCUUGCUAGCCUCUGUCCCUUUACUCCACCAGAACUGGUGACCUCUGUCUCUUUGGUACAAGCCACUCCUGAUGCUGCCUUGUCUUCUGCUGACUCAGUUAUGCUCUCUCAGACCCUUUCUCCCGUGAAGCCACCAAUUAUAGCUGGUGUUGCACCUAUUGGUGUAUCCCUACCUUUAGAGCCUUUAGCUUCUCCCCCAGCCUCAGUAAUUUCCUCUGAAUCUCUUACUUCUGCUCCAUCAGCAUCUCCUAUAAGCCCAUCAGGGACAACUUCUGCAGCCUCAGUUUCUCCAUUUCCAUCAUCUCCUGUCCCAACUCCUUUCAUUCUCCCAAUUGUUCCUGUAUCUCCUCCUAUGGCUACAGCUCCCAUCCCCGCUGAAGUUCCAGCUACUACUACUGUGGCUUCACCCUCUAGUUCAACUCCUUUCCCUCCAAAUUCUGCAGAUGCUCCUGCCUUAUCACCAACACUUCCUGUCCUUAACACUGCAACCCCUACUCUCGAUCCAGUGCCUCACAUUUCAUCCUCUCUUCCCCCUCGCCAGCCUUCCAUACCCAUCAGUUCUGUUCCAUCUCUUCCUGAUUCUAUGACUGUUCCCAGUCCCAUCAUUUCUCCAAUGCCUGUAUCAAUUCCGGGAUGUCCUGCAGUGUCACCUACAGAAUCUGCAUAUCAUCCUGUGAUUCCUUUGGCACCUAUUUCCAGCUCUGAGAUCCCAGCUUCCUUUCCUAAAGUUUCUGGGGCUGAUCCUUUGUCUCCAGCAAAGCUUUCUCCUGCAAUACCACCUGCAAAGUCUACUACUGCUCCUGAAUCCAGUAUGACAUCCCCAGCAAAGCCUGCUCCUACACCAUCGUUACCUGAAAGUUCUCCCGGCAAACCUGUUUCUGGUUCUCUGCCAGCUGUGAAAUUGGCAUCUGGUCCUGCAGCUCCAGAAGUAUGCCCUGUGUCUGGUCCACUAUCUGUUUCUUCCCAGAUACAAACUCCUAUUUUGGCACCUGUUCCUGACUCUGACUCUGUAACUGCUUCUCUAGACAAGGCAAUGCUGGCUUCUAAACAGGUGGCUCCUGCCAAGUCCUCUGUAAAACUUUCUUCUCCUUCAGAAUAUUCUGCUGAUGCUAUAACCAGAGCAGGUCCAAUAAUGAAGCCUGCUUCUGGGUCUGUAGUCCCUUCUGGAAUCCCAAUAAGCCCUUCUAGUCCUGUGCCACUUUCUUCACAGUCAGGGAGUCCCACUUUAGCUCCUAUUUCUGGCUCUACUUCACCGGGCACGGCAGUGUCCAAGUCUAAAGAACUGAGUACGGUACUUUCUUCUGUAAAACCAGCCUCCCCUUCAGAAAUUUCUUCAGAUCCUGUGUCCUCAUCGGGCUCUCUUCUUACACCUUUGCUUCCUUCAUCACCCCCAAUGAAAUCUACAGUGCCUAUUCCUGAGCCCAUUUCCCCUUCUGCUACAGUAGCAGGACUAAUCUCUGUUCCAGGACUACCCAAAGGGAAACCUGUGAAAACUGUUUCUAGUUCUGUGGCUCCUAGAGGACCCCCUGUGGAAUCUGCUCUCCUCUCAGCCCCUGUUCCUAGUCCAAUAUUGCCUCCCACAGGCCCUUCACCACCUGCCUCCAAGAUGGUUCCAUCUGUUUUGGAACCAGCUCCUGCUCCUUCACUAUCUGCUUCUGUAACUCCGGGGAUACCUGUUUCUCAGCCUGCAGCUGUUUCUGGCCUUGUGGCUGUAGUAGACCCUGCUCUUGUCUCACCAACAUCUGCUAUGAAGUCAUUUUCAACUUCUGAACUUGCUUCUAGCUCUUUGUCUAUGGCAGAGUAUGCUUCUAGUCCUGCAACACCUACUGCCCGUACUCCUGCACCUAUUUCUGGAUCCACAGCCCUUCCUGUGGCUGAAGGGUUUACUCCUAGCUCAUUGGCACCUGUCUCCCAUCCAGUAGCAGCUUCCGAAGUACCUCCUCCAGAACAUCAGGUGUCACCUAUAGUUGUAGCAGAGACUGCUUCAGUUCCAGUGACAGUAGCUGCCCCUGCCCCGAUAACUUCUCCUGUAGGCCCAACAAUGGCAGUUUCUCAGCCAGUACCCUCUGAGGUGCGUGCAGCAGGAACCAUUCCUGGAACCCCUGCUGCUUUUCCUAAACCUCUUUCCUCUCCUGACUUUGUAGCCUCUGUAAUCCCUCCUCCUGGCAUUGCGCCUCUUUCUUCUGCAGUGACUCCUCCCAUUUCCCCUGCAGCAGCAUUUUCUAGUCCAGUAACUCUUAGCCCCAAAUUGCCCCCUGUCCCGGUUAGUUCCACUGUCUUGGCCUUAGACAUGAGCCAGGUUUCCAUUUCAACUGGGGAGGCAUUGCCUCCCCAGAAAAUGGCACCUUUGCCCCUUGCACCUGCUGACCCUUCUGUUUCUUCUCCUAUUGCAAGCAGCCUCACUCAGCCAGCUUCUCCUGCACCCUCUGCUUCUACCCUUGUGAAAAAGCUAGAGUCUUCCUCUGUGCUUCCCAAGCCAUCCCCUGUUGCACCUGCACCUGGUUUAGCACCUGAAGUUACCCCCAGCCCUAUCUCUACUACCUUUGAAGACGACGAGCUGCCACCUUUGAUCCCUCCAGAGGUACAUGUUGAGGAGUCACCUCUGCAGCCAGUCCUGGUGGACUUCUCUCCUAAGACAGCUGUGCCCCUUGCUGAGGUUCCAGCAACUGCUCCUUUACCACCUCCUCCUGUCAAACAGCCUUUCCUGAAGAAUGACAAGGGUUCUGGAACAGAAUCCGACAGCGAUGAAUCAGUGCCAGAACUUGAAGAACAGGACUCCACGCAAGCCACCACACAGCAGGCGCAGCUUGCUGCAGCAGCUGAAAUAGAUGAAGAACCAGUUAGCAAAGCAAAACAGAGCCGGAGUGAAAAGAAAGCACGGAAGGCAAUGUCCAAGCUUGGCCUUCGUCAGGUCACAGGUGUAACCAGAGUUACCAUCAGGAAAUCCAAGAACAUCCUCUUUGUCAUCACCAAGCCAGAUGUAUAUAAAAGUCCUGCGUCAGACACCUAUAUAGUCUUCGGAGAAGCAAAGAUUGAAGAUCUCUCUCAGCAAGCACAGCUGGCUGCUGCUGAAAAAUUCAAAGUGCAAGGAGAAGCUAUUUCAAACAUUCAGGAAAACACACAGACUCCUACUGUACAAGAAGAAAGUGAGGAGGAAGAGGUUGAUGAGACUGGUGUUGAGGUGAAAGACAUUGAGUUAGUUAUGUCUCAAGCAAAUGUUUCCCGGGCAAAAGCCGUUCGUGCCCUAAAGAAUAACAGUAAUGAUAUUGUAAAUGCAAUUAUGGAAUUGACGAUGUAGCCAUCCGGAAAGGACUUUUUAGUGUUACAAAGAAAUUACAGCUGAAUUGAAAAUUUGUACUAUUUCUAUCAGUUAAUAAAAGUGGUGGUUUAAAAGAUUUUACACCUAUUUGUUUUCCACAACAUGUUAAGAAUCCUCAAAUUGGGGGCAGGGGAGGGAAAUAGUGG